AUGCUCACAGAGACCAACAUGACUUCGUUUCAAUUCACGAUCGCAUUAAUGGUGUUCCUUAUUGCAUAUGCUCUGUUUGAAGUACCAUCAAACUACUUCCUCAAGAAGCUCCGGCCGAGUCGCUGGAUUGCAUUCCUCAUGCUCUCCUGGGGUGCAACAACAAUGGGUCUUGGAGGCGCUCAUAACUACGCCCAAGUAACCGGAUUACGCUUCUUACUCGGCGUGAUGGAAGCAGGUCUGUUCCCAGGAUUCGUCUAUUACCUCACAUUCUGGUACCGCAACUCCGAGAGAUCGAUGCGAGUUGCUUUGAUUCUCGCCUCAGCGACUUUAGCCGGUGCAUUUGGCGGCGCAAUUGCCUUUGGUGUGGGCCAUAUGAAUGGUGCCCACGGUCUCUCUGCGUGGAGAUGGCUGUUCAUCAUCGAGGGCGCACCAUCGUGCGCAUCUGCCUUUUUGGUUUGGUUUUUGCUGCCGGAUUAUCCCGAGACCGCUAAGUGGCUGACGGCCGAGGAGAAAGAGCUUGCUGCCCAGCGACUGUCUCUGGAGGGCUCCAAGGGCUCUGCCCAUGCCAUGACAUGGAAAGAUGCCAAGGAUACAUUGACAGAUUGGAGAUUGUAUGCUCAUUAUGCAAUCUAUUUUGGGAUCUCCACGCCAUUCUCCAGUCUUUCCCUGUUCACACCAGCUAUCACCUCUGGUCUGGGAUACUCUAACCUUCGCGCUCAACUGAUGACGGUGCCUCCAUAUGCAGUUGCGUACGUUGUGACGGUGGCUGUUGCAUGGUCCGCAGACCAUUUUAAUAGCCGAGGUCUUCAUUCAGCCAUCUUCUCCUUCAUCGGCGCCAUCGGGUUCCUGGCAUCCGCCGUACUCCCUGCAAGCGCCUAUCUCAGUCGUUAUGGAUGCCUCAUUGUCGCGGCCAGUGGCUCUUUUGCCUGCAUCCCACCACUCCUGGGCUGGCUGUCUUCAAACAUCAGUUCGACAGCCGGUGCAGGUCUUGCCAUCGCUUUGAAUAUUUCGUUUGGCGCUCCUGGUCAGAUUGUCGGUGUGUGGAUCUACAAAAGCAACGAGGCCAAAAUCGGGUAUCCGACCGGCCAUUGGACGAAUGCAGCGUUGCUAUUCUUUGUUACUGCUGGGUGUGUUCUUCUAAGACUUUACUACAGGUGGAGGAAUCUUCGCGGGGAUGGUGCUAGAGAUGGUAAAGCGUUUGCAUACUAG